CCAGGAAGAUUUUGGAGGUGGAUCAUUUGACGAGGAAACAAAAUCUCAGACCCUGAGAAACGAGUUCGGCAUCUCUCCAUGAUUGUUUCCAGAAGUAAGAUAUAAGGAGUCUGGAUGAGCCAUAUCAUUGCCCUUGGUUCUGAAGAAAUAUGUUAUGUUGUGUUGUCAUUAUGUUGAUGUGAUUUUGACUAACAUAUACAUCAGUGAGAAACAUGGCCGGUCAAGAUUCAGGAAAAAUAUUAAAGUACUUUGCAGGAAUCAUAAUGAUGCUCCUGCUGACCCAUGAAUGUGUUGUGGAAACACUUGAUUUCCCAGAAACAAGUAUAGAUUUAGAGUUUAACGUUGAUGGGCAACUGCAUCAUAGAUUACCAAGAAGCGCAGUCUGGUUUACAGUUAAAAUGUCAAUGAAAUUAGAUGAAGAUUUUGAUACCAGUCUCAGCGACCCCAAUGAAGAGAAGUACCAACGCUAUGCUGGUGAUAUUCAGUCAGUGAUUAACACAACUUACCACACUGUGCCUACGUUCAAAGGUUCAGUACGUGUCACUGGCUUCAGGCCUGGUAGCAUUAUAGUAGACUAUGAAGUAUCUUCAACAAUCAGCAGCGCAGCUACUUUUGCAGAUACAAACAAUGAGGUUGCCAAAAAUCUCAAAUCCAGUGGAUAUCCUGUAGCUGUGGAUGCUUUUGCUGAAAGUGAACAAACCAGGUUUUCCUCUACACCAUGGUAUCCUGAGCAAGAUAUGAGACUGGAAUGUAAACGCCCAGUUUCUGUUCUUGGUGACAUAAGUUGGAAAUGGAAUGAUGACGUUAUAAUACAGAACGAAAAAUACUCCAUUACUACUUCAGAAGAUGGUAGCAUUCUCACUGUGAAAAAAGUUGAUGAGAAAGACAAAGGUAAAUACGAAUGUAUCAUUAAAAGGGAAAUAAAUUACAUUCUGUGGCAAGAUAUAGUUAUUGCACCACUUCCCAAUAUUAAUGUGGGUCAAAACGAAAGACAGUUUCAGUGUAAGGAUCAGACCGUGGAGCUGAUAUGCUGCGAACCAAACUAUGCUGUGGUGUGGAAUACUGAUGAUCAAGAGAUAUCUCCAGACGGGUGUGCCACACUAAACCAUGAAAUCAAGAGCACAGAUUGUGAUACUGAAGAAUUUACAUGCCGACUUAGAAACUCUGCUCUUCAAGACUUCUCUUAUGGCCAGAGCAAAGUCAGAAUUCAGAAAGUCAAAGAGGUGUUGACCUGUAUCAAUAAAACACUUGGAGAUGGAAAAGAAGAUGACAUUGUGAAAGGACCCUGUGAAAAAGGCAAAGAAGGCACUAUAACUUAUCAAUGUAAAUCAUCUGAAUGGUUGGAGACUGUCAGGGACUGUAUACUUCAAGUUAUCAUAGAAAUUGAAAAGAAAGUUGAGAAUUUGGUUCCACAAGAGAUACCCGAGGUUAUUAGUCAGCUUAGCACUGCUACAGUGGACAAUAAAGACGAGAUAACACAGUCUUCUGUGACUGUCGAAAAAAUUGUUGACAUACUUGUAAGAAUUGCUGAGGUCUCACAAUCCAUUGUCAUCGGUGAGCCUGUGAUGAAGGGUUUCCUUACGGCAGUGAAUGUCCUUGUUUCAGAAGGAAGCAGUUCAUCAUGGACAGAAUUGAAUGCCAACAACACAUCAAACGCCAGUGUUGCACUUCUGAGCGCUAUUGAGAAUAUAAGCGACCGUCUCACAGAUGACAAUUUUACAAUAAUUGAAAAAUCUAUUGAGUUGAAUAAAAUUUUAACAACCAGCUCCUCAUAUAGUCAAAAAUCAAAACUCGAAAACUCAGCUACUGAGAUUCUGAUACCACAGAUUCCUGUGUCCACCUCCAUAACCACCACAAUCUUCACAACUCUUGAUAAUGUCCUACCUACUCGUAAUACUAGCAAUAAAAAUGACACUAAUAAUAACGUGCGCAUCAACGGAGAUGUGGUUGUUGUUAAAGUGAGCCCAGUGGUUAACAACAUUUCUUUUGCGUUUGACAUUGCGAAUGCCUCUUUGGGAAAUCCUCAAUGUGUCUUUUGGAACUUCAGUCUUGACGCAUGGGAUUCCAAUGGAUGUGAAGUAAAGCCCUCAGUGAAUCAAACUGGCAAGAUAACAUGUGAAUGCAACCACACAACCUCCUUUUCAAUCCUAAUAUCACCGUUUUCACCGUUUUUACCGUUGUCACCAAAAGGCAAAGCCUUAGCCUAUAUAACAUACAUUGGUGUAACUAUUUCAAUGGCCAUCUUGAUUUUGUGCCUCAUUAUCGAGAUUAUCGCGUGGAAGUCAAUGACAAGAAAUGACACAUCCUACAUGCGACAUGUGUCCAUAGUCAACAUUGCCGUGUCCCUGCUGAUCGCAAACAUCUGUUUUAUCAUUGGAGCCGCAGUCGCAGAACAAGAGCAGCCAACAUCAGUGGGUCGCUGCAGUCCAGCGGUUUUCUUCAUGCACUUUUUUUACCUGGCUCUUUUCUUCUGGAUGUUAAUUUCAGCGCUGUUGCUCUUUUACCGGACAGUCAUGGUCUUGUCCCAAAUGUCAAGGGCCAGAAUGAUGGCCAUUGCCUUCAUAGUCGGUUAUGGUGCGCCUUUGCUCAUAGCGGUCAUUACUGUUGCGUCGACAGCUGGACCUGAGGAAUAUAUCACGAAAGAAUUAGCAUGCUGGCUGAACUGGAAUGAAUCUAAGGCCCUGCUGGCAUUUGUGAUUCCAGCUCUCACUAUUGUAGCCAUAAACCUUGUGGUUUUGAUUGUGGUUCUGUAUAAGAUGUUGAGAAGAGGAGUUGGUGCCACAACUCAGCCGGAUGAGAAACAUGCCCUGGUGGUCAUUGCCCGGUGUGUGGCCAUAUUGACUCCUAUCUUUGGUCUAACUUGGGCAUUUGGAAUUGGAACCAUGUUUUCCUGUAACUGUGGCAUUCAUGUGGUGUUUGCACUCCUCAAUUCACUGCAGGGAUUCUUUAUAUUGGUGUUUGGAACGCUUUUAGACAGCAAGAUCCGUGAGGCACUGGUAGGAAAGCUGUCACUAAGGAACCUUACCAGCUCUAACCCUACCAGGAGGACUGGUGCAGGACUAUCAUCUUCAAAUGGGCCGGGUUUCUUUCAAAUGAUGGAUAUGUACAACGUUUCUGAAGCCAGCUCAGCAUCUUCAAGAAGCUCUGGUGACUUAGGUACUUAUAUGAAUGCAUAAUCAGCUCACUAACUAUUACUUUAUUGAAUAUUAAACAGCCUUUUCCAAACAAGUUUUCUAUACUGCAAGAAUGUAAACUGUACAAUCUGUUACUUAUUUAUGGGAAGAAGUGUUUCUAUGUUCUGAAGUAUGAAUAAAAGUGGAUUAUAAUUUACAGAUCUAAUGUUUAAUAUGGGAUAUGUUUCAUUAUAAUGCUGUGAUUUGCAUGAUUGAUGCACUCAUUUAUAACAG